CGUCAACUUCUGUCCUUUUCUCUAACCGUUUUCACCCUCCUUUACAAACCAGAACCCCCCUCUCUCUCAUUUGAAAAGAAAUGUCUGCCGGAAUCCUCUCCACCUCACUCGCCGGCGCCGGCAACCCGGCCCUGAAAACCACCUCCCAAAAGCUGUUUCCGGCCAAGGACUCAGUUGGGUGGACCCGAAAAACCGUAUCCAACGGCUCCAAAACACAUUGCAUGAAGACAUGGAAUCCCAUAGAUAAUAAGAAGUUCGAGACACUGUCCUACUUGCCUCCACUCUCUGAUCAGUCCAUCGCAAGGGAGAUUGAUUACAUGGUCGCCAAAGGGUGGGUCCCAUGCUUGGAAUUUGAUGAGGUGGGCCAUGUUCAUCGGAGCAACAGUCAAAUCCCGGGUUACUACGAUGGGAGGUAUUGGACACUGUGGAAGCUGCCCAUGUUUGGAUGCACGGAUGCGUCGCAGGUACUGAACGAGAUCAACGAAUGCAAGACAGCCUACCCGAAUGCCUACAUCCGCUGUUUGGCCUUUGACAACAAGCAUCAGUGUCAGUGCAUGGCCUUUAUCAUCCAAAAGCCCACCAAAACCAAUGACUCCUAAGCCUUCUCAUUUCUCUCUCUCUCUCUCAAGUCUCAACCCUUAAAUAUCUCUUUAGAGACUUUUGAUAAUAAGAUGGUUAUGGGAUUUGGGUUGUAGGAGUUUCUGUGAGACUGAUAUGGUAGUUUUCCAAUAAAAAUGUGCUUUCAGA